AAGUGAAAGACAAGAAGAUUCCACCUUCUGGAGCAUAGAUUUCAUGGAUUCAAAUUCCAGCACUGUGGUGGUGACUGGUUUUGGUCCCUUCAGACAAUACCUGGUUAAUUCUAGCUGGGAAGCAGUGAAGGAGCUGUCCAAGAGAGGCCUUGGUGAAAACAUCGAUCUCCGGAUCAUGCAGCUGCCAGUGGUUUACCAAAAAGCAAAGGAGCAAGUCUGCAAGAUAUGGACAACGCUUCAGCCACUGCUUACAGUUCACGUUGGGCUGGCUUCAUCUGCCACAGCGCUCAUCAUCCUGGAGCAGUGUGGGAAGAACAAAGGCUACCAGGAGAGGGAUGCUUGUGGUUUUCACCCAGAAGGUGCCUGCUGUGUGCUAGAUGGCCCAGAAAAGAUUGAAUCUACAAUUAAUAUGAAGACUCUCUGGAAAAACAUCUCAGUGGAAGGGAUUGAUAUCAUCCUUUCCAGAGAUGCAGGAAGGUACAUCUGUGAUUACACCUACUACACUUCUCUGUAUUAUGGCAAUGGAAGAGCUGCUUUCAUUCACGUCCCUCCAUUAUCUGAGUCAGUAACAGCAGAAUUUCUAGGAAAAGCAUUACAGACCAUUAUCUUAGCAAUGUUAGAACAGUGUGGGGAACAAAGAGAGAUGGAUCACAGAGAGAAAAAAACGAUGAUUUCUUAG